AUGCGAGAUUUCUGUGAUGCAUCGUACAUGAAAGAUUUAGUCAGAAAUAGAGUUGUCAACGGAAUAUUUUUGCAGCUUGUUCUGUACAUGGAUGAUAUUGAAAUUGUUAAUCCAAUUGGAAGUCAUACAAAAAAACAUAAGGUUACCAUGAUAUACUUUACACUUGCAAAUAUUCCGCCAGAGUUUCGAUCAAAAUAUGAGGCUAUUCAGUUGCUUGCAGUAGUGAAAAGUCAGGAUGUAAAGGAAUUUGGGUUAGGGAAAAUUCUUCAUGAUUUUGUUGAAACAAUGAAUAGGUUGAAUACCACUGGUAUUGAUUUCUCAGUAAAUGACAGAAAUGUGACAGUUUGGGGUGGUUUAAUUAUUGCUCCUGCAGAUACACCUGCUGCUCAAUAUUUAGGUGGGUUUAAAGAAGGGGUUGGAUUAUCUAAUAAAGUAUGUAGGACAUGUAAUACUUCGCGAAAUGAAAUGAAGUUAAAAUUUCUUGAUGCUGACUUCCAGAAGAGAACCACAGAUCAGCAUUUGGAACGGCUUAAUCUUUUAACCCAAAUGACUACAAUGGCUGCCAAAUAUUGGAGCAAGACAUGGGGAAUAAAUGGUAGGAGUCCUUUACUGGAUAUACACGGCAUUGACUUAGCAGCUUGUCUUGUUCAGGAUCCCAUGCAUAUUUUAACUGAGGGUCUUCUUUCGAAAGAAGUUUGCCUCAUACUGUACAAUUUUAUUGCAGUUGAAAAAUAUUUCACCUUGGCCUUUUUGAAUAAUGCCUUGGGUGGAUUUAGUUACACUUACCUGGAAGAAAAAAAUAAACCAGAGAAGAUAAAAAGUGAUGACCUUUUGAAUGGAAAGCUAAAACAGACAUCUGCCUCUUUGUUGAUACUGUGUUGCAUAUUACCGAUAGUGAUAGGUAAGAAGGUACCAACAGAAAACAGCAAAUGGAAAAAUUUUCUCAGGAUUGUUCAGAUAACUCUGUUGUCAACUAGCCCAUAUGCAUCUGAAGAUACUGCUGCAGAAUUGGAGCAGCUCAUUUAUACACAUCAUUGUGAAUUCAAAAAGGAUUACCCGAAAUCGCCCUUGACACCUAAAUUCCACUAUUUGGUUCACAUUCCCAACAGAUAUUGA